AUGACAAGAACAACAACCGAAACAGUCGAUAUCGUGAUCGUAGGAGGCGGCCCAACAGGUCUCCUCUCUGCCUUCCUCGCACGUCAGCUCGGUCUCAGCAUCGCCGUCCUCGACUCUAAAGAUAGCACACUCACAGUCGGACGCGCAGACGCCCUCAACGCACGCUCACAGCAAUAUCUCGAAGUCGCCGGUGUCUUAGAAGAGCUCCUGCCCAAAGGCAUACGGUGCAACACAAGCACAAUAUUUGCCGAUGGCGAAUUCAAGUCUCGCCAGAGUCACUGGUGGAACAGUCUCACGCAUUGCUUCCAUAACAACUUCCUCAUGGUCGGCCAGCCGGUCGUGGAGGCCGUCCUUGCAUCACAUCUCGACUUCCCCAUCCACUUCUCCGAGCCCGCAGUAUCUUUCUCCGAGUCUGACGAAGGUGUAACGGUGCGUACUGCGAAACGGACAGUACAGGCAAAGUACCUCAUCGCAUCAGACGGCGCGCGAUCUGCAGUACGCACAGCGCUGGAAAUUCCGUUCGAGGGGACAAAGCCGAAUAUGACGUGGGCCGUGCUGGACACAUUCAUAGACACAGACUUCCCGGUCUGCAGUGAGAUUAUUACGUUCCAACUGGAUGGGCAGAGCAGGAUAUCCUGGAUUCCCAGAGAGCGUGGUAUGGCACGGUUCUAUGUGCUUCACGACGAUGAGAUCACACAGGAGAAGACUGAAGCAUCAAUUCGCAAGCACAUGGCGCCAUAUCGUAUCGAUUUCGUUGAGACGGAGUGGUUUAGCAAGUUCGAAAUCAAGGAGCGAAUCGCCGAAACAUUCGUAUCGAAAUGCUCCACAGGUCGUAUCAUCCUCGCUGGUGACGCCGCCCACGUCCAUUCCGUCAACGGUGGCCAAGGCCUGAACACAGGUAUUGCUGACGCCUUUUCCCUGAUAUGGCGCCUCAAGAUGUGCCUUUCCCCGAGUACUUCCCCUACAGCCAAAGCCAGGAUCUUGCAGAGUUAUAAUACCGAGCGUCACAGUGUCGCCCAAGAAGUGAUAGACAUUGCGGCGAAGCUCGUUCGAAAGACGAUUACGGAGGCGAAGGACUACGUGGCGGUCAUUGAGAAGAACGCUGGAUAUAUAACAGGUAUGGGCGUGAAUUACGCCGGCAUCGGGUCGGCGAUGAUUAAGGAUUCGGAGACCGGGUUGUUUAAGGCUGGAAAUCGUAUGCCAGACCUCUGGGUCAAGACGGCGGGUAAGGAUCAUGAGCGCCUGUACUCGAAGUUUUCAUAUGGGCAUUUUGUGAUGGUGAGGAUAGGUGGAGGAAAGGGUGUGGAGGUGCCGAGUGAGGUAGAGGUUGUUACUGUCGGUCCGUCGAAAGAGCCAGGAGAGAGCGCGCUUUCGGCGUCCUGGGUACGUCAAGAGGAUAGAUAUGUCGUCGUCGUAAGGCCGGACAUGUACGUUGGAUAUGUUGGAUCCGAGAGAGAGGGGUUGGAGUACCUGAGAGCAUUGUAUUAG